AUGGCGGAACACGUUGAGGCCGCAAAGCAGGCAUGGCACCAAGCCCAGAAGCUUCGCAAGCAUCUGCAGAAGGAGGUUGACAAGCUCAAGACUGAUACCGACGGCAAUGAGCUCAAGCAUUUCGAGGUCUUGGAAAGCGUCAUUUCUUCCCUCCGAUUAGCCUGCCUCCACGUCAUAUUCCAUGACUUCGAAUAUUCUGCGGCCGAGAAGGUCGAAGCCAACCUCUGGCAAGCCCACGGUCUUGUCAACACCGAAUAUCGAAAGGUUCUGGGCAAGCUGAGAACAUCGCAACUCGCCGUCCAGAAGCGCAAGUUGGACAGGAUGUACAGCGGCUUUCUUAAGACGGCGCAAAAAUUCUACGUGGCGUUCGUCCAGCGCAUGUCAGCCGUCUACCCGAUCCCUGAGCUUCAGCGCAUUGCCGAGGGGAUCAAAGCCGAAAAGUUGGCAGAGGAGAACCCCAUGGCCAACACCACGCCUGCCGUUCGCCAGAUAAUCCUGAAAUACGUCCAUCUGGUACUCAUCCACCUCGGCGACCUUUCUCGAUACCGGAUGCAAGCGCGCCACAAGGUCCCGAGCUACGAAGCAGCCUUGACAUACUACUCUCUCGCCCACGACAUCCUUCCCAAUUCCGGCUUCGCUCACCACCAGAUGGGCAUCAUCUACUUGGAUGAGAGAAAGCACCUGGAUAUCAUCUAUCACUUUUACCGCGCCAUGGCAAUUCAAGAUCCUCAUCCAAUGGCGGCGCACAACCUUGAAGCAGAGCUCAAGAGCGCAUCGGCGCCAAGUGCGCCGGCCCGUCGUACAGGCCCUCCUGAUCCUCAAGAGGCCUUUGUGACCUGGUUCGUAAAGCUGCAUUCUCACUUCAGCAAAGGAGAGCCAUUCCCUCAACAUGAGGGGCUUGAGAAAGAAGUCAUCAACCAUCUUGAGAUGGCCAUCAAGGCUCCCAAUACCCAGGGAAUCCUUUUGAAAAUGGUUUUGCUCAACAUGUCCGCAUUCUACGUCUAUAACAACAAGGCGAAGGGUGACUGGGCCACCACUGCUUUCCGAACGUCUCAGUUUCUUCUUCGCCUGAACGCUCGUUUCUUUCUGACGUUUUGCAAGUUCCUUAAGAAGGAAAUGGAAAAGCUUCUCGAUCAACAAGCAAGUGGCGAACAAGAGAGCGUUGACGAUAAAGCCACAACCUCGACAGAGAACACUCUCCCGUUUGUGCGCUUGUAUGCAGCUUGGCUGGUGGCGUGCCGUGCCGAGAUUGUGAACGCCCAAGAGACCCCUGAGCUGUUCAUCAAGGACAUGUACAGAGGGUUCGCCAAGGCACUGACUUCUCUCUGUGAGAUGUACGGAAACGAAGAUCUUAAGCUCACCCCGUACUUGCUUCCCGAGGACCAGGAAGCUAUAGGAAUGCUCCCUCUUUGCGACCCAAGAUUGCCGGAUAAUUGCCGUCUCAACUACGACGAGGAUACUGGAAAUCUGAAGCCUCAAAUCCAGCACUAUAGUGGCCAGCCGUUCGGCACUCUUCAAGAGAUCUUCUCUAGGGUGCUGCACACGAUCAAAUGUGGUUUCUUCCUCGCCAACGACGAUCCCAAGUUUCCAUUCUCCUACACUUCUUCGCCAAGGGGGCUCACAUUCAAGUACGAGGAUAACUACACGCCGAAGCCUUUGGCGGCUGCAACAGCUUCCCAGCCUACGGCGGAGCAAAGCUCUGCCGCGAACGUUCCUACGACGCACCACAACGAUUCCCAACGGACAGGCCUUGUCAGAAACGCGACCCCGACUGCUGUAUUACCUGUACCGCCUCAAGCGGCAGCUCCGCCACUGGUGCAGUCGCACCCUACUCCCGGCCGCGGCAAAGCGCAGGGCCAGUCAGAUUACGACUUCAGUUCUGACGCCGACAUGCUUCACAUGGUUAAUGACUUCCUGAUGCCUCCUCAGGCCCACGUCUCUCCUGCAGAGAGCCAUGAGGACACCACGUACGGAAUGAACUCAGCCAUGGCCAACGAGGUAUUCGGUGUGCCCCCGACCAACAGCCCGCCCGCCCUCGGAUCCGCCACAGCAAAAACGUUCCCGAGUCUUCCGUGGAACAUGAUCUACACCCCGACACCCCAGAGCAAGAACCCAGAGCUGACGCCUCCAGACCGUGCCGCCAGGGAUGCCGCUAGGAGGUCAUUCGAUGGCAGUGCUGGCGUCAAGAGGACUGUCCAGCCCUCGGGCACUCCAAUGCUUGAUGAUCCCUUGGGAGAGGGACGAGAGAACCCGUACAUGGCUCGGCAACAACAGCGUCCGUAUGCUAGUACACCCGAUAUCAGUGCCCAUCAGGACCGCCUUCUGCAGGCCUUUGGCAAGCAACCUACCGACUCGAGAUCCAUGAGCCGUGACUUCUCUGGAUCAGGUGGUUAUGGACUGUGGCCGAUCCCGUACGGGGAAGUCAACCCCAAUGCUUUGCAGCCCAGAGCGGCAGCCACCCACAGCCGUUCGUUGAGUGGAUCCCGUCCUCAAUUCCCCCAGAGCCCCAACAUGGUUCAGAGGGGAGAGACCUUCUCGCCGGCUUCGGGGACUCAAUUCUCCAAUAUCAGCAGCAUCUACCAGAGCACGCCAUGCAACGGGAUAGCGUACACCGCGACCACUGCUUUUGGACGAGGCCCGAUCGCGGACAUGCGUGAGGACCCCACGCAUUACAAGAACUUGGUCAGACAGAACGGAGGUGCCGCUACUGACGGAUACACGGCCGGAUACAACGACAUGAUUCUCCAGUCCGCGAUGGCUGACGAAGGCAAGCGCACUUCGGGCCAGAACAUGCGUCGUUGA